AUGGCAGAUAAAAAGAAAUGCUGUAAAUCUAUUACCUUGGAUAUGAAGCUUAAAAUUAUUAGAUUGUAUGAUAAAGGUGUAAUUCAAGCUGAAAUAGGCCGAAAGCUAGGCUUCACUACGACCACAAUUAACACAGUCAUGAAGAACAGAGAAAAAAUUGUUGCAGAAGUUAAAAGUGCUACACCUGUUAACACCACAACAAUUCGAAAAAGGGAUAGCAUUGUUGCAGACAUGGAGAGACUCCUAAUACUUUGGAUAGAAAAUCAGACAACACGCCAUGUUCCUGUAAACCAGGCAAUUAUACAAAGUAAAGCCUUAAGCUUAUUCAAUGACCUGAAGGCUAAGAAAGGUGAAGCAGCAAAGGAUGCUGAAUUUGUUGCAAGCCGUGGAUGGUUUGAUAGGUUUAAGAAGAGGUCUAAUCUACAUAAUAUCAAAGUACAAGGAGAGGCAGCUGCUGCAGAUACUGAGGCUGCAGAAAGCUAUCCAAGUGAAUUUGCAAAGAUUAUUGAAGAUGGAGGCUACUCCAUGGAUCAAAUUUUUAAUGUGGAUGAGACUGGUCUAUUCUGGAAGAAGAUGCCUGCAAGAACCUUCAUUGCAAGACAGGAAAAAUCAAUGCCAGGCUACAAGCCAGCUAAAAAUAGAAUAACCCUUCUGUUAGGUGGCAAUGCUUCUGGUACCUUAAAGCUAAAGCCUUUGUUUAUUUACCGUUUUCAAAAUCCAAGAGCUUUGAAGAACUACGUUAAAACUAGACUUCCAGUGCAUUGGAGGGCAAAUAAAAAAGCAUGGGUAACUGCAGCCCUUUUUGAGGAUUGGUUUGACACCUGCUUUGUUCCAGAGGUGAAAGCGUAUUGCAAGGACAAUAAUAUCCCUUUCAAGAUUUUGCUGCUUGUUGAUAAUGCUCCUGGACACCCUCGAACGCUAGAUGAGCUCAACCCUAACAUUAGAGUGGAAUUCCUACCACCAAAUACCACCUCAUUACUGCAGCCCAUGGAUCAAUGUGUCAUAGCUGCCUUCAAGUUAAACUACUUAAAAAGAACAUUCAGUAAGUGUAUUGCAGCAAUAGACAAAGAAGAAGGUGCAGGGCAAGAAGUCCUAUCGAAAUUCUGGAAAAGCUACAACAUCUUGGAUUGCAUUAAAACUGUAAGAGAUGCUUGGAAUGACAUAAAGGAUACCACAAUGAAAAGGGCCUGGAAAAAGUUAUGCCCACAGUUAGCUGAUGAUUCUGAAGGCGUUGAUGAUUCUGUAGCUAAUGUUACUGAAAAUAUUGUAGAGAUGGCAAGGCACGCCAUGGCUUUUUUUGAAAAGCAUGAUAGGGACUUUGAAAGAAGCUUCACAGUCAAUGGUAACAUUUCAGGGGCUUAUUCCUGUUACAAAGAAAUCUACAGAGAAAAGAAGAGAGCUACACUUCAAACCUCCAUAGAGACUUACUUUUCUAAAAGUCCAUCAGCACGCAGAUCAUCAUCAUCGACAGACAGUCAUUUGGAUACCAGAUCAUCAACUGACAGUCCAUUUCCAGCUCUGGCAUCACCACCCAGUCCUGCUCCUUCUCUUAUUGCUACUUGUAGUACACCCAAUUCGCCAGCAAGAAAGCGUCUCGCCUUUGAAGAGUUGACUUGUGAAACAGAAGACACCAAUAUGACUUCAUCCUUACUAGAAUAA